AUGAGUUCUCCCAAGAGACGUAUAGAAAAGGACGUUAUGGACCUUAUGAUGAGUGGCCACGAUGUUGCUCUCGUGAACGAUUCUCUCCAGCAGUUCCAUGUCAUAUUUAAUGGUCCCUCAGAUACCCCUUAUGCUGGCGGAAAAUGGAAGGUUCGUGUGGAGCUUCCGGAUCAGUAUCCGCUCAAAUCACCGUCGAUUGGUUUUACCAACAAAAUCUUCCACCCCAAUAUCGACGAGAGCUCGGGGUCUGUGUGUCUUGACGUCAUCAACCAAACAUGGUCGCCAAUGUUUGGCCUUGUCAACAUUUUUGAGAACUUCUUGCCUCAUUUGCUCCGCUACGCCAACCCCAGCGAUCCGUUGAAUACCGAGGCUUCUACGCUCAUGAACAAGGACGAGGCCAAGUACAACUCGACCGUGAAGCAGUACGUGCAGCAGUAUGCUCAAAACAUAGUUAAUGAUGAGGACGAAAACUACCCUAUAGAGAAUGGCAAUGGCAACGGUAAUGUCAACGGCAACGGCAAGGUUGCUCAUGAUGAUGACGACGAUGACGAGCUCAGCGAUGUGGGAAGUUUAUCUAGUGAUGAUGACGUUGCAGGCGACAUGGAAAUUUAG